ACCCUCUCCUUUUCGCGGCAGCAGUAGUAGGAAGGCGCAUCUCCGCAAACAGGUCACAUUUCCCUCUAGUCGCAUCCUCGUCUUCUUCUCCAGAAGAGAAGCUAUUAUCGAGUGCCGCGCGCCUUUUCUAAGCGCUUACCAUGGUGAUAAUGACCGAAUUGGGGGUCCUUCUCGUCCCGGUGAUGAUGCUGGUGGGAUUCACCUUGCAGGCGGAAAUUAAGAACGGGAAAGAGGCUGAAAAAACGGGGAAUUUCAUGGAAGACGAGCAUUGGCUGUCCACCAUUUCACAGUACAGCCGCAAGAUCAAGCACUGGAAUCGUUUCAGAGACGAUGACUAUGUGCGGACCUUGGAUGAGAAUCAGGGAGGCUCUAAUGAAAAUGUUGACACCACCAAGGACCCCUGUCAGAAGGUGAAGUGUAGCCGACACAAGGUGUGUAUCGCCCAGGGAUACCAAAGGGCUGUGUGUGUCAACCGCAAGAAGCUUGAGCACAGACUGAAGCAGCCUUCCCUGAGGUCUCCUGAGGGAGGAUGCCGGCCCUGCCCCAUCUCCUCCUCUGUUGCUGUGUGUGGCUCUGACGGACACAACUACGCGUCACAGUGUAAACUGGAGCAGCAGGGGUGCCUCACAGGGAAGGAGCUGACUAUGAAGUGUUCAGGUCUUUGUCCCUGUCCAACCACAGAGACAGAGGUCAAGCAUGAGAGUUGUACAGGGCAGGACCUCUCUGAUCUGGGGGAGAGGCUGAGGGACUGGUUCCAGCUGCUGCAGGGCAAUGCCAAGCUGAACAACAACAGCAAGACUGGAGGCAGCAACCCAGCAGGGGCUAACACUGGAUCAGUCAUGGACAGGAAUGUGGUGGCCAGCUGUAAGGACUCUAUAGGUUGGAUGUUCUCAAAGCUGGACACCAACAGUGAUCUGUAUCUGGACCAGGCCGAGCUGGCAGCCAUUAACCUGGACAAGUAUGAGGUCUGCAUCCGACCUUUCUUUAACUCCUGCGACUCCUACAGGGACGGGAAGGUUUCUACAGCCGAGUGGUGCCUCUGCUUCUGGAGACAGAAGCCCCCCUGCCUGGCGGAGCUGGAGAGGAUCCAAGUACAGGAGGGAGGCAAGAACAAACUGGGCUUGUUCAUCCCUAGCUGUGAUGAGGAUGGAUACUAUAGAAAGCUACAGUGUGAUCAGGCCAGGGGAGAGUGCUGGUGUGUCGACCAACACGGUGGGGAACUAGCCAGUUCCAGAAUCCAUGGCAACCCUGACUGUGAUGAGGCGCUGACAUAUUCAGGUGAUUUUGGCAGUGGGGUAGGAUGGGAGGAUGAGGAAGAGAAAGAAGCGGAGGAGAAUGAAGAGGAAGAGGAAGGAGAGGCGGAUGACGGAGGAUAUAUUUGGUAGAGGUGAAGAAAUAAUGGAGUCUAGCUGGUCCAACAUUACUACCGGAGCAUCUCAACUUCUCUUGCUUUCUCUGUCUCUUACAUACAUAUAUACACACACAAAUAAUGAUCCCGAAAACCUGAAGAGAAAACACACUCUGAACAACACUGAAUCAGUCCUGGACUAAGGGAGGGGGUUGGAGGGACAGAUGGGGGGUGGGUGUGGUGGCGUGACAAUGUGUGAUAUCAAUAGCUAGCAACUGUGGUCUGACGAGUCAGGAGAUGUGUCCUAAAUACCUGGGAAUAUCUUGGCUCUUUUUUCUGUUGUAUGUACAAGACAACUUUCUCAUGGAGCAGUUUUUAGCAGCUUAAAAUGUUUUAUUAAAGGCAGGAAGCAACUGGAGGUUAUGUGUUCAUGUUAGGAACUGGAGACGGGUGCAUCUCAGUAGUCAAAAGUGGCAUCCUCCCCUUGCUUCUGUUCCUUCAUUUCCUCCUUUCUCUGCACCGAUGUGAACAAACUGGACAGGUAAUUAUAGUCAGGCUUUCACCUUACUGUUUUCACCAACCCGGGGCUUUCAGAUUAGGGCAGAUGGAGAGGAGACAAGGAGAGGAGUCCACUUUAGACUAAUUGCAUAUUCCUAUUGCAUCCUUUGACUUUCCCCAUUCCAUCCCGUAUGCUUCACCUCACAUGACAGUAGUGCUCUGUCUCAUCAAGUCUAAUAGAAUAAAGUUUCUCACGCUACACUCCUAAAUGUGAAUAAACUGUGUAUCUAAAGACAGAUUUACCACUAUUAUUAUUAUUAUUAGUCCUGUAUUGCUAAUGCCUUGAGAGCCUGGCAGACUGUACUGCUUGAUUGACAAGUGUCCAUUGUAUUAUCUGCAGAUCAACAUUGUGUUUAAUAAUAAAAUUUAUUGGUUCUAUGUGGCCCAACAAGGCCACCAUA